AUGGACAUAUACAAAUCGUAUUCGAAUCAUGGGACGGUGUUUAUUCUUGGUGAUUUCAACUGCAAGAUUGGUGGACCACGAUAUUCGUUUACUCAGGAUCGUCGUAGUCAACUUCUUGAAAGUCUCCUUAUUGACAAUAACAGUAUAUCAUUACAUGUUCAGGACUUUGCCAAAGGUCCGGUAUGUACAUUUCAAUCUUAUGAAGAUGGUCCUAAAACAGGGAUAGACCACAUUGUCACAAAUAAAGAAAAUACACGAGAUAUUUACAAUGUGUUUGUCCCAGACGAAAGCAUUUUUAACGUUUCUGAGCACAAGCCUAUCGCAUGUACUUUACUAAUUGAACAAUGUCAUGCUGAUAGUGACAACUUAUACGAAAGUGUUAUGGCUGACAAAGUAUCGUGGACCAAAGCGUUAGAAACGAAUUCAGUUAACGACUAUUCAUUUGCAGUCUCACAAUUUUUAUGGUCUGUUCAAAUGCCUUCACAACCAGCGACCAAAGAAGAUAUCGAGCUCUACUAUAAGACUAUUAUAGUUGCUGUUCAAAAAGCUGACAAGGAAACACUCCCACAUAAACAAUUUGUGAAACAUAUAAAGCCUUAUUGGACGAAAGUCGUAGAUCUAUCACACAAAACAAUGCUAAAUAAGCGCAUUUUAUGGAUACUGAACGGAAAAGUUCACGAUAGAAGCGAUCAAUUCUUUGCUGAUUACAAACAUGCAAAACGGACUUUCAGAAAUGAAAUGGAUAAAGCUUACAACGAACAUAUUAUGAACAUUGCCAACAGAAUGGAAGAGUCUAUGGACAAUGAUCAAAGAUAUGUAUGGUCGGUCUUAAAAAGCAGACGUAAACAGAAAACUUUUUGUCGUGAACUAAAUUUAAAUGGAGUAACUCAUACAAACGAAAGCGAAAUAUGCGAAGCAUGGGCGGACCAUUUUGAAUCCAUUUUUCAGUUUGAUAGCAAGUUAACAAACUCAGAAAACAUAAAUUUGGUAAAACUUGAGGUGAAUAAAAUACGACAAACACAGAAGGAAAUCAAAGUUCCAAUCAACCCAUUUGUGUUUGAAGAAAUUUACAACAUUUGUAAAUGUUUAUGUAACAACAAAUCUACAGGUUUAGACAACGUUUCAUAUGAGCAUAUAAAAUAUGGUGGUAAAACAUUGCAAAAACACUUAUGCAAUCUAUUCAAUCUGAUAAUACAAACACGUUAUACUCCUCUAGAUUGGAAAACAAGUGUAAUUAUACCGUUAUUCAAAGGUGGACAUAAAAACAAAACCGAUCCCAAUUCGUACCGCGGUAUAUCGUUAACAAGUUGUAUUGCUAAGAUAUUCGAAAAGUCUCUUUAUCCUCGAUUCGACUCCUUGCACAUAAAGUUUCCACAUCAAUCUCAGAUGGCAUACCAAAAGGAAUUAUCAAGUAUACACGCUUCAUUUAACUUACAAGAACCGAUUCGUCAUUAUAUUGAACGUAACAGCGAUGUUAUAGUUGUUCUUUUAGAUAGCACGAAAGCUUUCGACACCGUAUGGCAUGAUGCAUUGUUAUGUAAACUGCAUAAAUAUGGAGUUACCGGUGAUUUAUGGCUGCUCAUAGAUGAAAUGUACAGUGAGAUGCGUAGUUCUGUACUAUUCAAUGGUAGGCUAUCUCGUUGGUUUGAACUAAAACGAGGCGUUCGCCAAGGUGGCGUCUUAUCAGCUCUGUUAUAUUUAGUAUACAUAAACGAUCUUUUGUGUGACAUUGAAGAUUCUAAAUUGGGAUGCGUUCUUCUAGAUAUCAGUGUAAGCAGCUCUGUUCAAGCCGACGACAUUGCGUUACUCUCAACAACAGAAAAAGGAAUGCAACACCUUAUUAACAUGUGUCAGACAUAUAGCGAGAAGUGGGCAUUCAAGUUCUCUCCGACCAAAAGCAACGUCUUACAUUAUUCAAAGAAGAACAAGAAUGUUUCAAGCAAUCUAACUUUAUAUAAUGACAUCAUACCACUCGUGACGUCUGCCAAACAUGUCGGUAUUCUUUUGAACUGUAAAUUUAGAUCAAUGGACCAGACGUUGAAUGCUUGUAGAGUGUUGCGAUCAACUGCUCUUUCAGUUCUAAAUUCUGGAAUUCAUCCAUCAAUUUUAAACCCUUUGACGUGUUCCAAGAUAAUACUUCAAAUAUGUUACAGCAAAGCUCUAUAUGGUUGUGAGUUAUGGAACAAUUUGACUCAAACAGAAAUUACGAUGUUAGAAAGAUCUCACAGAUUUGUGUGUAAAAUCAUUCAAGGACUUCCAAAACGAACCCGUUCUGAUAAAUGUACAAGUCUUCUAGGUUGGUUUUCAGUUGAAAGCAUUAUCAACAGAUGUAAACUUUUAUUUUUUGGUAGACUGUGUAGGUUAAAGUCUUCUGCGUUACCAAAACGAAUAAUGAUAAGCAGACUUAUGGAAUUCAAACAUAAAUGUGUUCCAGAACAACUUGGUUUUAUACCUGACAUCUACAAAGCAGCCGAAAAAUAUAACAUUACAGAUUAUAUUGUCAAUUUUGCAAAUACUGGUUCUUUCCCAUCAAAAAAACUUUGGUCAGUUAUUGUAAAUCAGAAUAUAAACGCAAGUGAAGAAACAUGGUGGUCUUACCGAAUUUCAUGCGAUAAUGACUUUUAUAUGUUUAGACGUAUUCAUUCUGCAAUCAAACCGCAUAAAGCAUGGACAAUUGCGAAACAGUUCCCCGAACUUCGUGCCUCCGCCAAGUAUGUUAUUGACUUAUGUUCUAUAGUACGUUAUGAAGAUGGACAUUUACUUUGCGACAAAUGUGGAAAGUUCUUCCUGAAUAUCGUUGAACACUUACUAGUAUCCUGUGAUUUUAUUCAAGACAAAAGAGAUGAUUUAUGGCAAGACAUUAUUAACAUUAAUCCCAUUCAGUUCAGUGUUUUUAUGGACAGUCUUUCGGCACAUGAAUUCACAACAACAAUUCUCUCUUGCAAUACGUCAUAUGAAUUAGAAAACGAUGAAUUAACUUUUUUCUCUAAGACUUGUGUUCGUCACGUUGAAAAAAUCUGCAGAGAUUUCUACAAUCGGUAG